GUGACCUUGAUUGGACCAUUUUAACCAGAAGCAGCGGGCGGCGAGUGCAGCCGCUGUCUCCCAAAUAAAUGUCUACCUGUCACGAACCAAAGCAGAAUUAAACCAAAAACUCCCACACGCCAAGCGGGACGGAGAAGGCGUUCAAAAUGGGAGGAAAUGGCAGCACGGCAAGGAAAGUGUCAUUCGGAUUGGACGAAGAAGAGAAGGUCACGGUUAUUGAAGGAGUCAAGCUGUCAGAUGACGUUCUUAGGCGAAUGAGGGACACUCAGGGGUCUUGCAGCUCCGUGAGCCCACCACCUAAGCAAGACCAUCACAAAACAUCAAUUUUAAAAUCAUCCAGCCCCUCCGCCACAGAACUACAGAAGGAAAUUCGGAGAAAUUUUGAGAAUCAGCAGGCGCUGGUGCAGGAGCAGUUGGCCAGACUGGCCCAGAGGGAUAGAGAGACUGCAAUCGCCGUGGGGUUGGAUGAUCUGAGCCCUUCGCUCAUCAUUGAGAACGAGAAGGCCUGGGAAGAACAAGAGAAGGCAAAGAUACUGCCUGCCAAUUUAGAUGCAUGGGCUGGGCUCAGUGGUCAUGUUAAAAUAUUUCAUCUCAUCUUCAAGCCAUCAUCAGCCCUGCCAGCUCUCGGUGCCACUGCUCCAUGUUUUGCCAGGCAGUUGGAGAGGAAAGAACAAGAGUUGGCCAGCAUUUCCAGCUUCUACAAAGAUCAACUUGACGUACUGGAGAAGAAAAAUCUUGAUACUUACCAACAGACGGCUGAACAGUACAACCAGGCAGCCACCAAAGCAGAGGCUCACAUCAGGCCCCGGCAGACUGUGUCGGUGUGUAUUGAGCUUCAGGCCAAGGUGCUCCAGUGUUACAGAGAAAAUCCUCAGCAAACCCUGCACUGCUCCAGCUUGGCCAAACAGUACAUGACCUGCGUUCAGCAAGCCAAGAAGGGUCGCCGGCGUGCUGGAGCCUUUCCAUGCUGACUGCAGGCAGGAGAAUCAGAAUCAGAAUCAUCUUUAUUUGCCAGUGCUCACUGACCAAUCAUGGAUGAGAAGCCCCAAGCAAGAAAGCAUCAAGAACAGAAGUGAAGAAGAGGGAGCAUGUCAAAUCUAUUCAAUUCUUUCCUCCCUCUGUGCUUUCGUUAGCCAUUCAUACAUCCAUUUAUUUAUUAUUAUUAAUUCAUUUAUAACAAUAACGAAUUAAUAAUUCAUAUUAUCUUGAUUUGUUGUCAAGUUGCACAAGCACACCCCUGCCUUCUCGGAAAUAAAUCCAGGUGAUCCGGUGGUGAUGAGA